ACCCCACGCUGGGCCAUGGAGGAGCAGGACCCCGUCUGCAGCUCCAGCUGGGAGUCCUCAGAGGGCAAGACCUCCCCGGACUCGGCGUGGUCGUGGAUUCCCAUAAUGAGAGACCCUGGGUGGAUUCGAAAUGUCUGGUCUUCCAACAUUAACGCUCAGACCAUGAAUUACGUGGGGCAGCUGGCCGGCCAGGUGUUCGUGACCGUGAAGGAGCUCUACAAGGGGCUGAAUCCCGCCACGCUGUCCGGGUGCAUCGACAUCAUCGUCGUUCGCCAGCCCAAUGGGAGCCUCCAGUGCUCCCCCUUCCACGUCCGCUUUGGGAAGAUGGGGGUCCUGCGCUCCCGGGAGAAAGUGGUUGACAUAGAAAUCAAUGGGGAAUCGGUGGAUUUGCACAUGAAAUUGGGAGAUAACGGAGAAGCAUUUUUUGUUCAGGAAACUGAUAAUGAUCAGGAAGUGAUCCCCAUGUACCUGGCCACCUCCCCCAUCCUGUCCGAAGGGGCUUCGCGGAUGGAAUGCCAGCUGAAAAGGAACUCUGUGGACAGAGCCAGAGGCCUGGACCCCAGCGUGCCAGCCCAGGCCACCCCUCCCGGCGAGAGCCCCUCGAGCGGCUCCUUAGUGAAGAAGAGAAGAAAGAGGAGGAGGAAGUCCCAGCUGGACAGCCUGAAAAGAGACGACAGCAUCAACACGUCUGAAGACGAAGACAUGUUCCCCAUCGAGAUGAGCUCCGAUGAGGACACGGAGCUGCCGGACAGCAGUAGAACUCUGGCUAGCGAUAUACCUCCAUUCCAAGAUGAUAUUUCUAAGGAGAACCUUUCCCCGGUCUCGACUUACCCUCAGUCAGCUUCAUACCCUAAUUCAGACAGAGAGUGGUCGCCCAACCCCAGUCACCCGGUAGAUUGCACGAGGGCACCCCCUCAUCUUGCAGUCGCCGCCGAGGGAGGCCUGUCCAGCUCUUGCCCUCCACAUUCCUCCCACUUCCGCCCUUCGGAAAGUCCUUCAGCUUCCCGGCCUUCGACACCUAAAAGUGAUUCCGAGUUGGUUAGUAAGUCUGUGGACAGGACGGUGCAGAAGAGCAACCUAGAAAUGCUCUGGCUUUGGGGAGAACUGCCACAAGCUGCAAAGUCAUCUUCUCCACACAAGAUGAAAGAAUCCAGCCCGUUGAGCAAUAGGAAAAUCUGUGACAAAAGUCACUUUCAGGCCAUUCACAGCGAAUCCUCAGACACUUACAGCGACCAGUCGCCGACGCUGGGCAAAGGGCCACUUCUGGGGCAGAGCCAGCCUCCGACCGAGAUGCAGUUUGUGAGCGAGGAAGACAUCGGGGCCUUGGGCGCGGCAGCGCCGCUCUGCCCUGUGGCCGAGGAGCUCAAACCCCCCUGCGCCGGCGUGGUCCAGGCGGCCAGCAAGAUGGAUUCUCCUUCUAGGAAAAAAGAUAAACGAAGCAGGCAUCUCGGGGCCGACGGCGUCUACUUGGACGACCUCACGGAUAUGGAUCCUGAAGUGGCAGCCCUGUAUUUUCCCAAAAACGGAGACCCCCCCGGGCUCACAAAACACGGCAGCGACAACGGGGCCCGGUCGGCCAACCAGUCCCCGCAGUCGGUGGGCAGCUCGGGCAUUGACAGCGGCGUGGAGAGCACGUCGGACGGCCUGCGGGACCUGCCCUCCAUCGCCAUCUCUCUGUGCGGGGGCCUCAACGACAACCGGGAGAUCACGAAAGACGCGUUUCUGGAGCAGGCCGUGUCUUAUCAACAGUUUGUGGACAACCCCGCUAUCAUCGAUGACCCCAAUCUCGUGGUGAAGAUUGGGAAUAAAUAUUAUAACUGGACAACUGCAGCACCUCUGCUCCUGGCAAUGCAGGCCUUCCAGAAACCUCUGCCAAAGGCCACUGUGGAAUCUAUCAUGAGGGAUAAGAUGCCCAAAAAGGGAGGAAGAUGGUGGUUUUCGUGGAGGGGAAGAAACACCACGAUCAAAGAGGAAAGCAAGCCGGACCAGUGCUUGGCGGGCAAGGGCCUCAGCACUGGAGAGCAGCCGUCCCAGCUAGGCAUGGCCACCAGGAUAAAGCAUGAGUCAUCCUCCAGCGACGAGGAGCGGGUAGCUGCCAAGCCGUCCAGCGCAAGCCACCUCUCUCUUUUGUCUAACGUCAGCUACAAAAAGACUCUGCGGCUCACCUCGGAGCAGCUGAAAAGCUUGAAGUUGAAGAACGGCCCCAACGACGUGGUUUUCAGCGUCACCACGCAGUACCAAGGCACCUGCCGCUGCGAAGGCACCAUCUAUCUGUGGAACUGGGACGAUAAGGUCAUCAUUUCUGACAUCGACGGAACCAUCACCAGAUCAGAUACACUCGGCCACAUUUUGCCCACCCUUGGGAAGGAUUGGACCCACCAGGGCAUUGCUAAACUGUACCAUAAAGUGAGCCAGUUUAACAGAGAAGUGAUUGAAAAGAAACCGGAAAAGUUUAAAGUCCAGUGUUUGACAGACAUCAAGAACCUGUUUUUCCCAAAUACGGAGCCCUUUUAUGCUGCUUUUGGAAACCGACCAGCUGAUGUGUAUUCAUACAAGCAAGUAGGAGUGUCUUUGAAUAGAAUAUUUACCGUCAACCCUAAAGGAGAACUAGUGCAAGAACAUGCUAAGACCAACAUCUCAUCGUACGUGCGGCUCUGUGAGGUGGUUGACCACGUUUUCCCGCUGCUGAAAAGAAGCCAUUCUUCAGACUUCCCCUGUGCGGACACCUUCAGUAAUUUCACCUUUUGGAGAGAGCCGCUGCCGCCCUUUGAGAACCCGGACGCCCAUUCCGCCUCCACGUAGAGCGGCCGGGCAGCGCAAGUCUCUCGACAGCGGCGUCGCCGGGGAAGGACAGGUUCUGGGCGCCGCACGGCCGCAGCCGGCCCGACGUGCGGUCAUUUGCUUCCGAGCAGAAGGCAUUGAGGCGCAUCUCUCCCCCGCCCCGACCGGGGGCGACACUGCUAAGGGAACCGCGAAGGGUGUGCUUGCUAGGCCAGGAGUCGCCGGUUCGCGGCGUGGAUGGCGGUCCUCGCUUGUGGCUCCACGCCAGUCACGCCGCCGCGUCCCGGCCCGCCCCGGCAACUAGCUGUCGGUUCACGUGCAAUCCAGGCCUGCAGAACCCGAGCAGAGGAGCCGGGUUGGGGGGCCGUCCCUGCAGGUGGCAGCGUCAGUGGAGGGGCGCACGGUUCUUGGCAGCGUGGGGGGCACGUUCCCACUGUAGCAGUGUGCGCCCCGCCGGCUUCUGCACGCGGCGGGGAGGGCCGUCAAGGGUCACGAGACCUGAAUCCGAGGUUUCAGAAGGGAAUUCCAAACCUCACUGGGUUUGGUCCCUUGGUCUUGGCCUUGUGAUGGUCCCUUGCAGUAUUUGCUGACUAGUCUCAUUUUUAGGUGAUAAAUUCUUCUUUAACUCCUUUGGCUAAAGGUAGCCUAUAUACGUGGCAUAUUUUCCCCAUUUUUUUUUUUUUUUUUUGUGGCUCGAGGCUGGAAUCUUUAUGCCUUAAUGCAUCUGCGGCAGACAUUUUAUUUAGAAUGCGCUGUGUCUAGCUCUUGGUAACUUUUGCAAUGCCUUAAAAUUAAACCGAUAGUGACUAUUCCUAAGGCAGUAUUUUGAAUGAGUUCAACACUCGGCCAGCUCCCUCUCCUCCAGCAAGGUGGUGCUGGUGACGGGGACUUGAACGAGCUUAUGCCAAAUGACAAUGAUGUCACUUUUAUUGCGAGGUCUCAAAAGAAACUCCUUGGUUUUAAGAAAAUAGUUUCGAGAAGUUAAAUUAUAUUAUUUGUAGAUAUUAUUUAUUGCUUUACUCUGAAUAGAUUACUGUUAUAAACAUUUUAGUCGUAUUCUUUCUAUACAGCUGUCAUUAAUAUAUUAAAAGGAUUGUAUGUUAGACUAUCCAAAGAGCCUUAUUCUGUGUAUGUCAUAGACUGACCUUCCUUCGGCAUUUAUAAGCAAUUUAUUUUCCUUGACUUUUUCCACUUCGAAUUAAGGGCAAGUGAAAAAAAAAGCAGCGAUUUGAGUGUGACAGUCUUUUAAGCCAAUAGAGGAAGAUUCUUUUACUUGCUUAUUGAACUGGCUUGUGGAGAAAACGAUUUGAAAAGUGAAAGAAUUAUUUUGGUAAAAGAUUUUGCUUUACUUCUUGACGUCUUAUUUUUUUAAAGAAUGUUCUACUCCGGUGAUUGAAGCACUUUCCUAUUUAAAGUUCGUUGUUAGAGUCCUAGGAGGCAAAAAAACCGAAACAGUUGAAUGAGAUUUUACUCUUUCUGUGAAAGAAAAUCCACAGAGCUGUUGCCUUCUUUGUAGUUGGUGGCCUCUGCUGGCAGCGAUGCCCUUGCCGACCGCUUCCUGUGGGCGCACAGAGAAAGGCAAACAUACGUGUCUUGGAUCACAGAUUUACAUAGAAUCACAGACAUGGCUGUGCAGAUUCCCUUUCAGAAGUAUUAGAAAUAAUUAUAAAAAUAGCCCUGCCUUAACUAGUAAUAACUCCUCUGGGCUUGUUCACUAGAAUCAUUGGAGGCUACAUUAAUUCUGUCUUUCAUGAGGGUAUUUUUGAGUGAAUCUUAGCUAUUGUGAACUAAGUAUAAGCUCAUGGGCCUACAAAGGUUCACGCAGUUUCUUCCUUGCACCCGGGAGGAACUUUGGCCGCGGGAGUUGGUGGCGCUUCCUUCGUGCCAUUCGCCUGUCAUCGGGACGAGCCUCAUGCUCUCCGGGUGGAGGGGAGAGAGCAUGCAGUUUUGGACCCCUCAUUUUGAUGUAUCUUAAACUUCUACAUCACUGCACCCUGAAACAGAGACUUGCCUUCCAGAAAGUCGUGCUCUCAGAUCUGGGUCGGAUUCCGAGUGAGUCAUGGCAAGGCUAUAAUGUUGACUAACCUGCCUUUUGGCAUCUGAAAAUGAGAUUUGUAUGUGGGCUGCUGCACACAUGCAUAUGUGAGUUGGUUUACCUGCGUGUACACAGCUAUACCCCAGUGAUGCUGAGUUCACCUGCUAGAAUGCUGUAUUUGGACCACAUGUUUCACAGUUGCCCUUUGGAAAUGAAUCACACCAUAGUGACAAGUCAUCAGACGUUCAUCAUAUGUGGUAAAGAAAAAUAUAUAUUCUUGGCAUAGAGAAAAAUAAUAUACCUGGUACAUUGGAGAAAAAUGAUUACACCUUGAAAGUGAAUUCCCUUUUCAGUUUUAGGUUUGGAUCACCACUUUGAGUAUAUUUUAUUUACAAUGUUUGAUCUGUAUUUGUAUAUGCUGGUGCAAUGAUAAAAAUCACUGUACUGCUUCAUUAUGUUGUAGUGGAAGCAAAGCUAGAAAAUACCAUAAUAAAUGAGACUGAUGAAAGACUUCUGUGAAAAUCAGGCAUGUGAAUUUUAAGUAGUUUUUGAUAAGUUAUUAAGUUGUUGAUUUUCUCGUGUGUGUUAUCAAGCAUGUUCUCAAAAAAAAAAUCCUUCUAGCUAUAAACUGUUCACUCUUUUGAGAAAACAUCUUUUCUGAUGUUUUAGAUUCGAGUGGGUAGAUACCACCCCUCUCUACGCACUUGGAAGGGAAGGGAAAGAUGGACAAAGAGAGGAGAAGGGUGCGCUGGGCUCUUCCCUGCCCUGGCAGGGGUGAUCUCUGAGCGGGGAGGUUUCAGUCCGAGGGUGUCCAGAAACUGCCUCCCAGAGCCUGGCCCUGAAGGAAUCGGGGUUGAACAAUUCUUGCCUCACAUCUGCUGUCCUCAUUUUUUGGACCCUCGACUUCUCCUCUGUGGUUACCCCAGAUUUGUUUUUUAUUUUGAGCAAAUCAAUCAAAAUCCUUGACUAGCUCAAUCAUGUAAGCUGAAAACUGUCAUAAUUCCUAUUGAUUUUGCACACUGUCGACAGGCGCAGCCUAAGUGUUUCUGGAAUAAAUGGAAGAGUGUUGGUUCCUAAAUCCUUAAAACAUAGCUGUCAAAGAUACCCACCUGAGUUCCUCACGAAGCCCAAAUCCAAACAGUCCAUCUCUGGGCGCCUGUAGAAUUAAUGCUUGUGCAUCUUAACAAAACAAACCCUUUCAUUGUGUCGAUUUGUUCCAACUCUGACUUGAGUGCGUUGGCUUUUUUAAUCUGUAAAAUAAAAAUUCGUCUGGUCUGUG